AUGCUGCUACACUCUUGGAAUCCACCGCGCACCGGAUCCCCGGGUCUGCUGAAGACCACGGCGUAUCUUCUUCUCCUGCAAGCAGUCAAAAUCACCUCGGCUACGCUCUGCUACACACCCGACGGCACAAUCUCGAAUGAUGUACCUUGCUGGUGGGAUGGAACGGACGGGAACCCCCUACAAUUCAUCCGCGGAACCUGCACGGACAAAUCCUGGUCAUCGUCAUUAUGUCCAGGUCGAUGUGUAGCUGAAAGCGUCAGCGGCGGAGAAUGGGUCAUGCGAUGUGGCAAUACCACAAACAAUUACUGCUGCUCCGCGGACGACUGCUGCACCAAUAAGUCCUUCUCCCAAUUUUCCCUGGACGAGCCCACGGUGACUGCAACGGCCGGAGUGGUGCCAUCAACAACGGUGCACGCAACAACCACGACCUCAGCCCCGACAACAACCUCGGCAUCGACAACCUCGAGCCCCACACAAACUGCAUCCGAUGAUAGCUCUGGAGGGGACUCGUCGAAUUCAAAGUCGAAAACAAUCGGGAUAGGAGUUGGUGUCGGCGUUGGUGGUGGAGUCGCUUUGCUGGGGUUGCUGGGAGGGUUCCUGUUUAUGCGACGACGGAAGGCUAAGCAAGCGGUGCCACCGCAACAUCCUCCUCUACCAGUGCGUUAUGAGGCACAGGGAUCCUUUCCGCACGGCCAGAAGCAUCUGCCACCGCAGGAGCUGGACUCCCAAGAUCCGCGGGUACUGGCCGAGCUGCAAGGGACGACUGGUCAUACAUAG